CCCAGGCUGGGGGUGGGGUUCGCCGCACAUCUCCUGUCGCCGUCGCGGCUUCCGGUGCUAGGUGGAGGGAAGGAAGGAGGGAGCCGGGGAGCAGGCCAGCGGACCAGCGUCGCCGCGGUCGGCUCGGGGAGAGGGAGGCAGCGGCCCGAGAGCCAGGCGGAACCUGCGGGGGCGGAGGUGGCGGUGGCAGCCGCGGCACCGGGAGCAGGAACAGGAUCAAGCUCUCCAUACCGAGAACCAGGCUAAAACCAGACCACCACUGUCCCUCCCUGGGUCUCACUGACCUCAGAAAGCAGCUCCUGUAACCAUGGGUAAUAUCUUUGGGAACCUCCUGAAGAGCCUGAUUGGGAAGAAGGAGAUGCGCAUCCUGAUGGUGGGCCUGGACGCUGCCGGGAAGACCACCAUCCUGUACAAGCUGAAGCUGGGGGAGAUUGUCACCACCAUCCCCACCAUCGGGUUUAAUGUAGAAACAGUGGAAUAUAAGAAUAUCAGCUUCACAGUAUGGGAUGUAGGUGGCCAGGACAAGAUUCGGCCUCUCUGGAGACACUACUUCCAGAACACCCAAGGCUUGAUAUUUGUGGUUGACAGCAAUGAUCGGGAACGAGUAAACGAGGCCCGAGAGGAGCUGAUGAGGAUGCUGGCAGAGGAUGAGCUCCGGGAUGCUGUGCUCCUUGUGUUUGCAAACAAACAGGAUUUGCCGAAUGCUAUGAAUGCUGCUGAAAUCACAGACAAGCUGGGGCUGCAUUCUCUGCGUCACCGCAAUUGGUACAUCCAGGCCACCUGUGCUACCAGUGGGGACGGGCUCUAUGAAGGAUUGGACUGGCUGGCCAAUCAGCUCAAAAAUAAGAAGUGAGAGCCAGGCAGCCCUAUCUGACUACCCCACCCACUCCUGACACGUACCCGUUGUCUCCCUACUCCUAUCUCUCCCUUCCUUUCUCUUGAAAGUGUGGCCAAGGUCCUGGGUAUCAUGUCUACAUGCCCAGCAAGAGCCUUGCCUCCUGUGCCUCCCUUCCUCCUUCCCUGUCCACUGACAUGGUCGGUCCCCAACUGCUGUCCUGAUGAUGAAUCAUUCCAAUUUACUGGAUUUAAAACAAAUGAGGCUGUUAUGGUUUCAUGGGGUGGUCUCCCUGUUGGGUUUCAGGAGAAAGAGUGGGGUGUUCUCUAUGUUUGCUGUUUGGCACUGGUUGCUGUGCUCUUGGCCUCUGAGCCCCUUCCCUGUCUCCCUGGCCGCUCUCCUCCCUGUCUUCCUUUCCUUCUACCCCCUCUCCUGUUCUACAUGGAAGUUGCACGGGCCUCUCUGUGUGUGCGUGCAUGUGUGCGCCUGUAUAUACAUGUAUAGAGAGAUAUAUAUGUCGGGGUUGGGGGGAGGGAGUGGAGUGCAGCUCAGGGCUUGCAGCCAGGACACUGCCCAGUGGAGCCUGUCAUCUGCCCCUCCUGUGUUGGUGAGAUAAAGGGGAGAUGUGGGUGGGUCCCCAUUGCUUUCCUCUCUGCAGGUGGUGUUCCUGGAUGUUAGACAGAUGGCCGACUCUACAACCGUCUUCCUUAUAUUUUUUUCUCCACCCUUGUGAGCGCAGGAAAUGGCAUUUAUCUCUAGAUGACUGUUCCUAAGGAGAUGCCAUGCUACGCUGCCUCGUUGGUAGGGAGGAGAGAGGAACCCACUCACUUUGAUCAGUCCAGAGUGUUCUAUUGGUCCUCCUCCGUCAUAAGAGCUCAGAGGGAGAUGGGUUAGUGGGGCCUGCAUGCUGAGGGGUGGAGUGUAGUCUGUUUUCCAUCUUGUUCUUGUUACUAGGAAAAGGUAAGACAUGGAACAGUCUUGCUCCUGCUUCUUCCUCAGGCUUCUGAUCUUUGGGGCUGGGGCUCCAUCUGUCCUUUGUCAGAUUUUCUCACCUAGUCAGCUGACAUGCUGAGGACUGACCAGGUGGGAUAACAAGGGGCUGUGGAGUAGGGGUGACAUAGCAGACCUCAGUAUCAACCCCUCUGCUCCAGUCUCUUUCUAGUGCAGGACCAGCUAGAAGAUGAGUUUCUGCUCUUGGCAGGCCUCAGACUCUCCUUGUCUGCCCUGUCCACCUCCUUCCUGGUGGCUUUCCUCAACCUUCACACACUUCCCUGAAUAGGUUCGGGGAGUUGGAGUGGAGGAGACAGGACCCUGUGUGGCUGGUGCUGGGAUAGUGAUCUGCAGGGACCUCCCUGUGUCAGUCUUUGGUUGUUCAGAUGCUGCUGCUGCAGGUCUGUAAGAGGGCACUUAUUCCUGAGGCUCUGACCUGGGUCCUGAUGGAGUCAUUGCAGUGAAGCUGUGGCUGCUCUGUGGGCUCCUGUGUGUGCUGGCUGCGCCCUGAGCUCCAAACCAGCUGCCCAUCAGCUCUCUGCUGAGGUCAGGACCCCGGGCCUUCUCCAGGAGGGCAGUUGUGAGCACCCCUCCGACCAGGUCUCCUGCUGGCUUUCUCUUCAGCAGGCAGAUGGGUUCCCCAGCUUAGCCCCGCAGAACUGUGAGACGUCCAGGGGUGUCCCUCAGUGCACUUAGUGCUGUUACUAAACCCCAGAUGCCACGUGGGUGUGUACUCUAGACCGUGUGCGUGUUUGUGUUUGUGUGUGUGUGGUAUUUGGUGUGUACAUGGGGCGGGGGCUGGGGGUUCUGUUUCAUUUUAAAGUGGGUUCAUUACUGUCACUCGACACUACCCUCCACACUUUCUUGUCUGUUUCCUGAUUUUUUUUUCCACCUUGGUUGCCGCUCUGUGAACUCUGCUUUGCUUCACCGUUCAUUCACCGCUGCUGCUGCCUGUUUGUUUUUCUUUUCCUUGUUUUCGUCUUCUACUUGAUUUUCUACUCUUUGUGAUUGGUGAGGACUUUGCCUCCUUCUCUGCCACGCCCUCUGGCCUUCCCUGCUUAGAUGCUAGUUCCAAGUAGGUUUUGUACAUUGCUUGGUCCACUCCUCCACCCCCUACCCCAGCAUCUGUUUUUCUCAGCCUCCUAGGACCAACCUGAGGCUGAGCAGGCUGAAGCAGCCUAUGAUGUUGCCUUGGUGCUGCUCCAGAUAUGUCCAGCAGGGGGCAGUAACAUCUUGUAACAUCUCUGGCUCCAGGGGGAAGGGGCUUUCUACAUUCCCAUUCACUUGACAUCUUUGGGGGUGGGGUUCCAUUCCAUUUCUGUAAACUCCCUCUCCUGCUUUUAUCAAGUUGGUUUAAUUUUUGAUCUUCGUUGUUCCAGCUUUCUUCCUGGGGAUUCCCCUUCCCUCCACCUCCAGCGUUUGUGGUGUUACAGUGGUUUCUACAGUUCGAAAGUGGGUUUUUCUUUUUCCUUUCUCUGGAAUGUAGACUGUGUAUGGUUAACAACUCACCUUCUCUAUCCUUGCUCAAAAAUGUGGGCUAAUGCAAUGGCUGUGACCCUGGUUGGAAAUUAAACUUGUCUCAUGCAGCUCUGGAGGAGCCCUUCAUGCUGUGUAGCAGCCACGCGGCAGCGGGGACAUCUGUUUCUGUCCCCUUCCACACUGUUCUCUCUCUGCAGCGGUGGGAGGACGUGCUUCAGUGGGUGGAGAAUAAGUCACGGAGGAACUUAGGUUUAUUGGGAACACUGAUUGUGAGUCCUUCUUCCCGUCACACCCAGAAGGAAAUGCAGUGAGUCAGGCAGCAGAGCGUGAGCUGGGACGGAUAGCCUCGUGAAGUGCACACUCCUGAGUGGGCUGUGUCACCACCUGUUGACAGACCACAGGGCAGCGCCUCUCAGCCUGUGGGGGUCGAGUGAUCCUUUCACAGGGGCUGAGUAUCUGAUACCCUGCUUAAAUAUUUAUAUCAUGAUUCAUUACAGUUAUGAAGUAGCAACAAAAAUAAUUUUUAUGCUUGGGGGUUACCACAACUUGAGGGACUGUAUUAAAGGACCGUAGCUGUAGGAGGGGUGAGAAGCAUUGCUUUAGAGACUAAAGCAAUUGAAGGGCCCAGAACAUGGAGGCCCCUUAUUUCUUCUAAAUUACUCUUUCCAGCCCUGAAGAUUAGGUGACUGUAGUCUGAUUAUGGCCACCCCGUGCUUAGACUGGCUUCUUAUCACCCAUCUAGACCUGGAUUUGGGAAGUGAGUAAGCACAGGGCAAACAUCUGGGCGGUGUAAGCAUGGUCUGUUUCUCAGUGCAGUGGCACUGCACAGCUGUGCCUGGGGUGUGUGGUUUCCCAUCCCCAGUGCUGAGCUCAUCCAGAAACCCCACAGAUGUCCUGAGGGAAGCACCUUUCCCGUGAAGCUUACACUCCCUUCCACUUCUGUCUCCCUCCGCUGCUGUCACUGGCCAACUCCACACAGAACAGGGACGGUGAGCAGGGGUGCCCCUCCCUCUUGCUCCUUGCUUCAGUGCUGACUUUGAGUCCCACAUACUAUGAAGUUCUAAAUGUAUACUCAGUUUCUUCUCCAUUUCUCUACUUGCUAGUUUUCCUUCCAUCCUUUCUCUUGUUGCUGAGUCAUCACCCUCAAGAAUCAGUGCUUUUUGCCCAUGUCUCUGGCUUCCAAACCACCGAGCUACACAACCCUUCACCAACCCUGUGUCUUUAAGCAUUGCUUACUUUCCUUGCUCCAGGCUCCCUCAGCUCGUAAGUUAGGAACAUCUUUCUCAAGUGCUUGUUUAUUUAUUAAUAAAUAGAUCACUUUCUGAA